AUGCCUCCCUCAAUUAAACAUUUGUAUGCUGGACAAACAAUAUUUAUAACUGGCGUAUCUGGUUUCCUUGGCAAGGCAUUGUUGGAAAAAUUGUUACGUGUUGCACCCAAUAUAGAAAGGAUUUAUGUUUUACUCAGACCUAAGAAAGGUCAACAACCCACAGAAAGAUUGAAAACUAUUCUACAAACUAAGCUCUUUGACAGCAUUAGAGAAGCUUCACCAAACUUCACUGAGAAGGUUAUUCCAAUAUUUGGCGAUAUUACACUUGAAAAUUAUGGUAUAUGUGAAUCCGACUUGUGUGAUAUAAUUGCAAACACAGACAUAGUGUUUCAUGUAGCUGCUACAAUCAAAUUUGAUGAACUACUACGCAAAUCUAUUUUGCAAAAUGUAGUAAGCGUUCAAACUAUGAUCCGGAUUUGUAAACGAAUGCCCAAGUUAAAGAGCUAUGUACACGUAUCUACGGCCUUUUGCAAUACGGAUAAAGAAGUAAUUGAAGAAGUCAUAUAUUCAGAUAUCGUUCCACCUCAAAAAUUAAUUGAUGCAAUGAGUUGGAUGGACGACGACAUGAUAAGCCAGGUAACACCAAAAUUAUUGGGAAGACUACCAAAUACCUACACAUUUACUAAGAAAUUAGCUGAGAUUGUUAUCGCUACGGAAGGUUUAAAUCUUCCAAUAGCCAUUGUUAGACCUUCUAUAAUUGGAGCUUCUUGGAAAGAGCCUGUUUCUGGAUGGAUAGACAAUUAUUAUGGUGGGACAGCAGCGAUGGUUUUGGUUGCGAAGGGCUUACUACGUCGAAUUGUUGCCAAAGAGAAAUGCAAAGCUGAUUUAGUUCCAGUCGACUAUACUGUCAACAUGCUUAUAGCUGCUUGUUGGCAUGCAGUGCAUGCUUCGAAGCAGCAGACUCCUUUAAUCUACAACUGUUGUAGUUCGCCAGACAAUCCUUUUGUAUGGGGGAGUUGGUUAUCUUUAACCCUGAAGAAUUCCUAUGAAUUUCCGCAUGAUCAAGUAUUUAGAAUGCCAUCUUGUUCAAUGAAUGGCGAAACCAACCGAUUUCAUCUAUUUAUGCAACACUGGGUUCCGGCAUACAUUGUGGAUGCAUGGCGUUUUGUGUGUGGCAAAAAACCAAGGUUAAUAAAUGAGUAUGAUCGCAUUCACAGAUCUAUGACUGCCUUUGAGUAUUUUACGUGCACAGAAUUUAAGUGGACUAACAAGAAUGCUAAAAAACUGUGGCAAACUAUGACACCAGAAGAUCAUAAGGAAUUUCCAUUCGAUUUCACUGAACUGAAUUGGGAAUCAUAUAUCUCGAAUUAUUGUAUUGGUAUUAAAAGAUAUUUAAUGAAUGAAGACUUAUCUAACCUUCCUCAAGCAAAAAAGAAAAUGGCUAGGCGACAACAUAUACGAUGGGGUACUUAUGCUCUUCUUGUCUUCAUAAUUUGGCGCGUCAUAUUUUCAAAAUCGAUGUGGGAUAAGUCGUUAUGGCUUUCUCGUAUAAAUACAUACCUUAAAACAACGAGGACUUUACUACUGAUAUCACCAUAA